CAUCCCCUCCCUCUCACCCAACAUCUAUCUUUCUGCACUCUCUCUAUUAACAGCUUUGCGUCACCAUGGUCGCCAAGGACAAAACGGUCAUAAAGAAUAAGAAGCCAAACAAUGCUGCCGACGAGGUUCACUACCGCGGCGUCCGAAAGCGCCCCUGGGGCCGCUACGCCGCCGAGAUCCGCGACCCCGGCAAGAAAUCCCGCGUCUGGCUCGGCACCUUCGACACCGCCGAGGAAGCCGCCAGAGCCUACGACGCCGCCGCCCGCAACUUCCGCGGCCCCAAAGCUAAAACCAACUUUCCCCUUCUCCCCGACACCGCCGCCGCUGUCACCAACAACAACAACGUUAACCGGAACAACAACAACAACAACGUAACAAACAACGCUAGCAGCAGCAGCAGCCCUAGCCAGAGCAGCACCGUCGAGUCCGCCACCCCGGAGCGUGACGUCACGCGCCUCGCCGCCACUGCCGUCAUCGACCGCUUCCCCUUCCUCCAGAUCCAGCAGCAGCUGCUCGUGGCCCCGGUUGCUCCCGUGCGCCCGGUUUUUCUCCUGGACCGGGCCCAUUACCUCACCCAUCAAUUCCCCUUCCGGUUCGAACCGGCCCCGGUUCAGAGCGACUCCGAUUCCUCCUCCGUUGUCGAUUGCCAACCCAAAAGAGAACUCAAUCUCGAUCUCAACCUGGCUCCUCCUAUGGAUUAUUAAAUUCCAUUAAUCUCUUAAUUCUCUAUACCCUUAUAACAAAAACAGCAAAAAGGAAAGGACUGAGGAAAAAAUUUCUCUUUUUUAUCUAGGUAGAUCAGUUGUUAAUCAUCUUUGUAGACAGAUAGAUAAGGUAUUAGAUGUCAAUUAUAUAUUAUAUAUAUAUGAUAUAUUACAUCUUUGAUGUAGAUAGGUUAAUUUUCUGUCCUUUUAGGUCUUUGAAAACAAAGGGACAUGAUCUGAGAUUGUUCAGAUCUGGUAUAGUUUUAUGUGACAUCUGAUAUGUAAUUCUGGCUAAUCUUAAUUUGAAUUCAGUAAUUUCUGCUUUUCACUUUUCUGCA